CUGCAGCCAGACCAGUCCCAGUGGCCAGGAUCCCACAGCGGCCAGGGCAUUCAGGGAGGUUUGAGCCUGGGUUACAGUCACAGUUAUGAACUAUGGCUGGUGGCCACUGGAUAUAAAAUGGUAGCUCGGAGACACAGAACAUUCUGUGAAACGGAAGGCUUCAUAAGUCAGCGCCCAGCACAGCCGGCAUAGCCUGGGAGGCCACAGGAGCGCCAGGAUGUUGCUCAGGACGAGCUCAGCUGCUUUGCUGCUCUUUAUCCUCUGCCUGCAUAGCUCCCUGGCCCUGAAGCUCUGCUCGUUCAAUAUCAGGUCUUUUGGGGAGAGCAAGAAGGAAAACCGCCAGGCCAUGGAGGUCAUUGUCAAGGUCAUUAAACGCUGUGACAUCAUACUCUUGAUGGAGAUCAAGGACAGCAACAACAUGAUCUGCCCCAUGCUGAUGGAGAAGCUCAAUGGAGGCACAACAUACAACUAUGUGAUUAGCUCUCGGCUCGGAAGAAAUGUUUAUAAAGAACAGUAUGCCUUUCUCUACAAGGAAAAGCUGGUGUCUGUGAAGAAACGCUAUCUGUACCAUGACUAUCAGGUUGGAGAUGCAGAUGUGUUUUCCAGAGAGCCUUUCGUUGUCUGGUUCCAGUCGCCUUUCACUGUUGUCAAGGACUUCGUGAUCGUGCCCUUGCAUACCACCCCCGAGGCAUCUGUGAAAGAGAUUGAUGAGCUGGUUGAUGUCUACACAGAUGUGAAACACCUCUGGAACGUGGAGAACUUCAUUUUCAUGGGCGACUUCAAUGCAGGCUGUAGCUAUGUCCCCAAGAAAGCCUGGAAAAACAUCCGCUUGAGGACCGACCCCAAGUUCGUUUGGUUGAUUGGGGACGGAGAGGACACCACGGUCAAGAAGAGUACCAGCUGUGCAUACGACAGGAUCGUGCUCCGAGGACAAGACAUCGUCAAUUCUGUGGUGCCCAAGUCUAGCGGCGUCUUUGACUUCCAGAAAGCUUACAAGUUGACAGAGGCAGAGGCCCUGGACGUCAGCGACCACUUUCCAGUUGAAUUUACACUUCAGUUUUCAAGAGCCGUCACCAACAGCAAAAAAUCUAUCCAGUCAAGGAAGAAAGUAAAGCCCAAGCAUUCCUAGAUAUAACCGCACCAUGUCUUUUGACUUGCUUCUUGUCUUUCUAAAUAAACAGCUCUAACCAGG